AAACUCUUCAAAAAACUGAACAAACAGGGUAACUUCAUCAGGAAAUUGUCUGUCAAUUUCAAAGAAUUGGUGUAUCCAAUCCCACCAAAUCGGCAUAUUUUCAUUCUCAACUUACAAUGCGAUAACUCAAGUAACGUUCUAAAACGGUCUAACGCCCGACACUUGUUUGCUUUUCCAUUUCAAUGGAUGCUCUAUUUCCAUAAUUCUUCGAGAGAAGAAAUUCUUGAAUAUUUUUUUCUGGAUAUCGACAUACUUGUUGACAGCAAUGUGAAUUUACUCCAGUUACAUGAAAAUGAAUCUGUUUCUAUUGAAAAAGUGUAUAAGCGUCAACAGAACUCAUCAUUCAUCAUUGAAAAAGUGGGGCAUUGGACUAGUAACGGGGGAUUUAAGGAUUAUGGACUUAGGUUGAGUAUGUGGAGGAGAAGAAAUAACCUGGAGAGGAUCAUACUCAAUACAUGCAUAGUCAUUACUAACAAUGAUUCUCUUAAUCAUUUAACAGAUAAGAGGGACAAACAUAUCGAUAGCAUAGCAAAAGUCAACUACGUACUGGUGGAACAUUUGAGUGACAUCGUCAAUAUUAGGUUAAAUUACUCUAUUCAAUCAACCUGGGGUUAUAUGAAUAACAAGUCAGAGUGGAGCGGGAUGAUAGGAGAAUUGACAAGAAACGAAGCUGACAUUGGAGGAACGGCAUUGUUUUUCACCAUUGACAGAGUUGAUAUUAUCGACUAUAUCGCAAUGACGACACCAACUAGGUCAAAGUUUGUUUUCAGAGAACCCAAACUCUCCUAUGUCACGAAUGUUUUCACUCUUCCAUUUGAUGAUUAUGUCUGGGCAUCUACUAUUGCUCUUGUAAUCAUAAUCGGAAUGAUGCUUUUCAUUAUACUCAAAUGGGAAUCGAAAAAAAAGAACUAUCAACAGAAAAAGAAAAAUCCAACAGUACCAGGACUAGAGGACUCUGUGAGUGGUGUUGCCCUCUUUUCGUUUGGGGCAUUUUGCCAACAAGGAGCACCAUCUAUACCAUUGAGCAUUCCUGGAAGAAUAACCACGAUAAUGCUCUUCAUUUCUUUCAUGUUCCUCUAUACCUCCUAUUCGGCGAAUAUUGUUGCCCUUCUUCAGUCAUCCUCAACUAGCAUUCAAACUUUGGAGGACUUGCUCAAAUCACGACUACAAGUAGGAGUAGAUGACACUGUGUUCAACAGAUUUUACUUUCCUAAUGCUUCAGAACCUAUAAGAAGAGCUAUUUACUUACAAAAAGUGGCCCCUCCUAAUAAAAAUGAUAAUUUCAUGCCAAUUGAGGAAGGUGUGAGAAGGAUGAGAGAAGGUCUCUUCGCAUUCCAUAUGGAAACCGGACCAGGAUAUAAACUCGUAGCCGAAAUAUUCGAAGAAAGUGAAAAAUGUGGCCUCAAGGAGAUUCAGUAUUUACAAGUAGUUGAUCCCUGGUUGGCAAUACAGAAAAAUUCAUCCUACAAGAAAUAUUUGAAAAUUGGGUUGAGGAAAAUUCAAGAAAGUGGUCUUCAAGCAAGAGAAGUUGGUUUGAUAUAUACAAAAAAACCGAUAUGUGCUAACAGAGGUUCAAGUUUCAUAAGCGUUGGUUUAGUAGACUGUUAUCCUGCAGCUGUAGUUUUGGCAAGUGGUGCUAUUAUUUCUAUCUUGGUUUUGUUGAUAGAACUAGUGAUUCAUCAUAGAAAUACAUUGAUGGAGAUGAAGAGAUUACCUCAGUGGCCAUACCUGAAAUAGAAACCACGAAGAAAUAUUCACGAUUUAGACUGUGC